ACCACCAUGCCAUAUAAAUCUCGCUGGAGCAUCGACGUCCCGAACACCCACCUUGCUUCACUCCUGCUCACUUCCCCCACAGCUCCCCUGUCGCAAACACAUCGAUGCUUUACUGAAGCCGCCCGCCCGGACACGCACUACUUCACGACCCAUGACUUCCGACUUUGGAGCCAGCGGUUCGCCGCAGGACUGCACAAGUCGGGCCUCAAGCCUGGUGAUCGGGUACUACUCUUCUCUGGAAACGACAUCUUCUUUCCCGUCGUCUUCAUGGGCAGCAUCAUGGCGGGCGCCAUUUUCACGGGCGCCAACCCGACUUAUGUAGCCCGCGAACUGGCCUUCCAGCUCCAGGACAGCGGAGCAACGUACCUGAUCUGCGCCGGAGCUGUAUUAGACACGGGCAUCGAGGCAGCGAAACUGGCGGGCUUAAGCCGAGACCGAGUCUUCAUCUUUGACAAUGCGAUCUAUGAAGGUCAGGGCCAACCGUCGAAGGGCUGUCGGUAUUGGGGGGAGCUGGUGGCAAGUCCCGAGGAAGGACGCGGCUUCGCAUGGGAGGAAUUGAACACACCUGAAAAGGCAAAUACCACCCUUGUGCUGAAUUAUUCCAGCGGGACAACGGGCCGACCCAAGGGCGUGGAAAUCACGCAUAAAAACUAUUGCGCCAAUAUGUUGCAGUAUACGCACCUGGCCAGUUUGCAUCCGGAUUACGCCCAGAAGCUAACUCGGGCGCGCUGGCUGUGUUUCUUGCCACUGUAUCAUGCAAUGGCGCAGAAUAUAUUCAUUGCGGCUGCGUUGUAUCGCCAGACGCCUGUGUAUAUGAUGCCAAAAUUUGAUUUUGUCAAGAUGUUGGAGUAUACGCAGAAGUUUCGCGUGACGGAUCUGAUUCUCGUGCCGCCGGUUGUAGUUUUGCUGGCCAAACAUCCGGCUGUGAAGAACUAUGAUCUGAGUAGCGUCGAGUCUGUGGGUAGCGGCGCCGCGCCGCUCGGGCGAGAAGUUUGUGUGGAGGUGGAGAAGUUGUGGCCGGAAGGCAAAAUUAACAUCAAGCAGGGGUGGGGGAUGACCGAGGCAACCUGCUCCAUCCUCGGAUGGGAUCCGAGAGAGAAGAGUCAUUCAGCCUCAGUGGGGGAGCCUAAUGCCAACUGUGAAGCCAAGAUUGUAGGCGAGGAUGGUAUCACCGAAGUUUCUGGACGCAACCAACGCGGUGAGUUGUUGGUCCGCGGACAAAACGUCAUGAAGGGAUAUUGGCGCAACCACGAGGCAACCCUGCAGACCAAGACUGAGGAUGAGUGGCUUCGGACAGGCGACAUUGCCUAUGUGGAUGACCAGGGCAAGUUCCAUGUUGUGGACCGAAUGAAGGAGUUGAUCAAGGUCAAGGGCAACCAGGUGGCCCCGGCUGAACUGGAGGCCCUGCUGUUGGAGCAUCCAGCCGUAGCAGAUGUGGCCGUCGUGGGCGCCGUGAUCAACAACGACGAGCGGCCUCGCGCAUACGUGGUCCUCAAGCCUGGGCAGUCUGCGACGGCGGACGAGAUCGUCCGGUUCAUGGACGGUAAGGUCUCCGCCAUCAAGCGGAUCACCGGCGGGGUCAUGUUCCUCGAGGCAAUUCCGAAGAACCCAUCGGGGAAGAUCCUACGCGAAGCGCUGCGCGAGCAAGCCCAGACAGAGCUGAAGCAAGGUGCCACAGCCAAACUCUAG